AUGGCUUCAUCCGAACGGCCCCUGCUGACCUCCCCAAACCAUGACAGCUGCCGCUGCACCAUUCACCUCCUGAGGAAGAUCCGCUCAGAUGUCAGUAGCCUCCUGGAGUCCUACGCCGAGAAGCAAGCAUUGGACAGAAAUUUCAACCUUGACUUUGUUGAUGGUGUUCCUACAGCUGACACUGAACAGUGGAGUGAGAUUUCUGAGGCUGAACGACUGAGUGACAACCUGAAGGCCUACUGGGCAUUUCAGAUUUUACUGGAUGAAAUCCUGGAAGACCAGAGAUCCAACCUGACUCCAGAUGAUGUAGCUUUCCAUGCAUCUAUCCAUUCAGUGGUGCUCCAAGUCUCUGCUCUGGUUUACCAACUGGAGCAACUGAUGGUAACCCGGAAGCACAGUGUGCCUGCCAGAGAGUUGCGAAGUAUCAGAGAUACUGGUGAAAAGAGCUUGUUUGAGAAGAAAGUGAGGGGCAUGAAGGUGCUGACGGAGCUUGCGCAGUGGACUGUCAGGUCUGUCCGGGACCUACACCAAAUCUCCAAGUCUGUUUAGGGAGCCACCAUCCUCUGGCCCAGCUCAGGCCCAGGAAGGAUGAAGCUCCAUUUCUCUGUGGGAUUCUUACCUUUUCAGAGGUCAAUCCUCAUUCUCAUUUGUGGUAUUUCAUUGAUACAGUACGAGCAGAGUGAGUCCUCUGAGAGCACUAGAUGUUGGUGUUUAUUUCCUUCAGAGAAAUAUGGAAACUCAAAUCCUUUUAAUUAGCCAUAGGUAGCUUCACCCAGUCAUGUUCAUGUAAUGUGGUGGUUUCAGUGAUUGCAUGGUGGCAGUUAUAUAUUCAGCUUGGUCUCCCUCCACAUGCUCACAUUUCAACCCAUGAAGUCCAUAGUACAGCCUUCUAGGAACCUUGUCAAAAUUUAAACAGGGUAAGAUUGGACAGCCAGCAUAUUUCACGGCCAACCAGAAAUGUGUGCCUAGCUCCCCUUUCUCCAUUCUGAACCCAGCACCCCCAUUGCUCGACCGUUCUGGUUCGGCUGAAGGUUUCCUCAAAAUAUCGUGUUACCUUUGAGUUACAUACUUGUAGCUAUUGAUGGAAGAAAGCCUUGAUUUUGAUGGAUUCGCUGCCAAUGGCUCUACUGUGAGAGUGCGGUGUAGUGGUUAGAAUGUUGGACUGGGACGUUGCAAGAUCCAGGCUGUAUCGCCAUCGGGCCUUGAAGCUCACGGGGUGACUUUGUGCCAGUCACUGACUCACAGCCUAACCUGCUUCACAGGGUUGCUGUGAGGAUAACAUGGAGAGGAAGGGGUCUAUGCUACCACUCUGGAGGAAAGGAAAAUAUAUAUGUAACAAAAAUAAUAUUCUGAUUAAUACAAAUGUUUUAUUAUUGAUAAUAACACUGUUUGCCUGAAAUACAUUAAGGCUAGAAGUGAGUAGGGGCAGGGCUGGGUACAAAGUCCGGAUUCCAAUCUCCCCUCUUAUAUGGAUUCUUCUUUAGACCUUUGCACAAGUCUUGAAGAAGGUUUCUAAGUGCAUUUGGCUGAGCGUGUUCUGGAAGCUUCUUGUACUUAGAGAUCCUUUUUCACAGUUUCACGCUGAACAUGCAAAUGCCGGGGUGGGUUUGCAUGUACACCCCUGCCCCCUACCUACUUUACCCUGCAAGUUCAGCUGAAGGGCUGAAUAGAGCAAAUAAGUCAUCGUGAAUCUAUUUGUGUUGUUGCAGCUUCAACUAAAAUGAAAUGAUUGGUUGGAUCCAACACUCCAGGACAAGCUGUAUAGCAUAGUUCUGCUCACAUCCUGGAACUGGGUGCUCAUCACAGGCACCCAUUAUGUUUGGACCCUGAAUGCCCAUGGCUUUCAGUGAUGGAAGUCCCUGGCUUUCAACUGGGAAAGGGCCAAGCAGCCCUGGAGGUCUGACAUAGGAGCUCCACCACUUGGAGU